AUGGUUCUCAUGUAUUCGCUCCAUUCAGAGACUACAGAUAAGAGUAUUCCAUUUUACACGAGAGUUAUAGGGAUCCCCGAUCUUUCACUCAAAAUGUUUGAAAACGGCCGCUUUUUGAUAUUUGACAGCGAUAAUAAUACAACAAAACAAGCAUUUUUGGAGGAGUUAGUGAGAAGAAAGUACCCUCGUUUGGAGAUUAUGAAACAACACGUUUUUGACAAGGAGGAUAUCUUGGCAAAAUGGCCUAAAAAUUAUCCAUGGGUAGUUGGUGGUGUCUUGUUGAAUACCAGAAAAGAAGUUAUCAAUAGUUCGAGUGAAUAUGUUUGGCUGCUCUCGUCUUAUUUUUACGGAUCCGAAGAUUUCUUUUUUCCCUUUAUUGGUCAAAUCGAGUCCGCAGGUCAGAUUGAACUCCACGCUGCCAAGAAAGUAAUCCAAAAAGAAGAUACACUACUCGCCGCCGCAUUUACUCCUAUGAUGUAUCUCCUAGCUGUGUUAAUUCUUGAAACAUCGUUUGUCACACCGUUGAUCGAAGAAAGAUUAUGCGGCUUUCGACAUCAGCAAAUGUUAGCCGGUUUAUCGCCGCUCGUGUAUUGGACAGCAACCUUUUUUUGGGACGUUUGUUUGACAGGAUUAGUCUCAGCUAUAAUGGUAACAUUUACAAAGAUUAUUCUACAAUCAUCUUGGUGGAUGUUUUUCUCAAUUACAUUGACAUACAUUAUGACAAAGCUCAUGUUCGUUUACGUUAUCUCAUUAAUCAUCAAUGGAAUUGAGAAAGCAACGUUUUUCCUGUUAUCUUAUGAGCUCGCUGGUAUGCUUGCUGCUAAACCGCUCCUGCGAAAGUUAAACUUUGACCCUAAAAACAGCGUAUGGAUAAGCCCCUCUCAUGGACUAUUUCAAGGAAUCGUGUUGCAAGGAAAGACUGAUUCAAAUGGAGAAAUUUUUGCAUCUUUUUUUGUUCAUGGCAGUAUUUUUCUGCUCAUUUUGUAUAUGUACGAAUAUCACCUCGACAAGCUGACAAGAAUAUUUUGCAGAAAAACUUAUGUAGAGAAAAGUAACAUUCCUGACAGUGAAGACGUCAUCCAAGAAAGAGAACAUGUUCAGAACAAUACUUCGAAUUUUACUCUGACAGUGCAGAACCUUACGAAGUACUACGGUUCGACUUGUGCGCUAAAAGGUGCUACUUUUGGUGUUCGUAGCGAAGAUUGUUUCGGCCUGAUUGGACCGAGUGGAGCUGGUAAAACUUCUGCGUUCGCGAUUAUUACUGGGUCACGUUUCGCAAACAAUGGGAGCGUCUACAUAGGAGAUCAGUACGUAAAUCGAACUCAGGGAAUCGGUUAUUGCCCUCAAUUCGAUGCUGCGCUUUCGCGCCUUUCUUGCAAGCAAAACAUGGUGUUUAUUGCAGGAAUAAUAGGUUACAAAGAACCAUCAAUGAUUGUUGAGCAAAUGCUUCGCUUCCUCGACUUGGAAAAACACGCCAAGAAAGCGUUCUCAAACUGCAGCGGUGGGCAAAGGAGAAGAGUUAACAUAGGAAUCGCGUUGCUGAAUCCAUCGAAACUUGUGAUACUUGACGAACCGACAGCAGGAAUUGAUCCAAAGACACGACGUCAUAUUUGGGAGCUGCUAAAACAGAUGCGUUCAAGGGGCAGAGCCUUAGUGCUCUCGUCACACUCGAUGGAGGAAUGUGAGACGCUUUGUUCGUGCUUAGGUGUACUCGUUAAGGGGAGGUUUGUAGCGAUAGGAGCAAGUCAGACGCUCAAAUCAAAGUAUGCCAACAACUACUUCCUUCUCACAAUCUUAAAAUCACUUGACGACAGAAAAAAGGUAAUAGACGUGGUUCUGUCUACAUUCCCAUCAAGCGAGCUGGUCACAAAACAAGAGGAUACAUUGAACCUCAAAUUUAAGAUUCCACGAAGAGAAGGGGACAAGCUUUCGGAACUCUACGAAAAAGCACAAACAAUGGCAACCUCACUCUCGCUCAGUGACUUUUCCUUACUACAGGGUUCACUAGAAGACGUUUUUGAGUUCUUGAAAAAAAAGUACGAAGAAGAAAACCUUGAUGUUUGAACAAAUAACCUUAAAUCUUAGAAAAUUAGUAUUUAUGUAGUCGUCUCCAAAUCAUGCAAUAAAUUUUUUG